AUGCAGAACUUUAACAGCACAAACCAGGGUAAUCAGAGAAACCAGGGAUCACAGAGUCAGGGUAACACUGGUUUCAGCUUUGGCUCAACUAACACUGGCAACUCUGGCAACACUGGCAACACUGGUAACACUGGUAACACUGGUAACACUGGUAACACUGGUAACACUGGUUUUGGCAACGCCAAUAACAAUUCCCCCAAUUUUAACACCAACUCCAAUGCCAAUGCCAAUAACAACAUCAAGACAAAUCCGAUUUCAAGUAACACAGGAGGCUCCAUGUUUGGCAACAACAACAGCGCAAAACCUGCCUUUAAUUUUGGAGGUAACAGCAACAAUAGCAAUCCUUCUGGUGGCCUUUUUGGUAUGAACAAUAACAAUAGUAUGAAUAAGAGCACGAAUGGCGGCUUCAGUUUUGGCAAUGCCAAUAAGGCUACCCCGAUGUUUGGAGCUCCUGCCAAUUCGGGAGCCAAGCAGCAGCCAUUUUCUUUGAAUAAUAGUGCCAAUGGUGCAGGCAAAAAUAACUCUGCUGGCACAUUCUCUUUUGGAAAUACAUCUGCGGGUGCAAAGCCAAACAAUCCUUUGGUUAGCUUCGGCGGCAAUGCAAGCAACACUGCCUCUUCGCCUGUCACUCAGACAAACACCAAACAAGCUGCUCCUAUGCCAUCGUUCAAUUUCGGCAGUAAGGAUAACAACCAAAACACGGCAAAUGCAACUCAAACGAGCAGUGCAGCCAGCUCUAAACCCAAGUUUUCUUUCGACGGAAAGCCAAAUUUACAGCAGCAGAACAUUCCGGGUUCGCAGACUCCUAAGACGUCAAUGCCAUCGUUUUCAUUUGGAAACAAGCUCAAGCCUACUGCAGCUACCAAUACUUUAAGCAGUGGCAGUGCACUUGGAGAAGCCACCAACACUGGCAGCUCAACUUUUUCGUUUGGUACUAAUAAAGAUGCCAGUAAACCAAGCUUUUCGCUGAGUGGAUCUGGAUCUGCUACGAAGAAGAACGACACCCAACCCGCCAAGCCUACAUUUUCCUUUGGUGCCUCCAAAACUGAAGAAAAGAAGGGAAAUGAAAAGACCACCUUUUCCUUCGGAAAUAAAGCUUCUACAAUUACAAGUGGAAGCCCUAAUACUGCUUCUUCUUCUACAAAUACAGCGACUGGUGCAAAUAAAGUUGAAAAAAAUCCAGGAUUUUCGUUUGGGGCCAAGCAGGAAGACAAGAAAACUCAGGAGCAAGGACCGACUGGUGGCGCAACUAGUGUGAAAAUUCCAGUGAAGGUGGAGGACUUCAAGCCCAAACAGAUCUCUAUUGUGAACAAGAAUCUGGAAGAUUUGAUCAACAAAUGGACAAAUCAGUUAUCUUCUGCAUCUAAGAUUUUUGAGUCAUAUGGUGAUAAAAUCAAGUCCUGGGAUGAAGUGAUGGUAACAUCAUCUGAGAAAAUUACCAAAUUGUAUGCUGAUUCUCUGCAGUGCGAAGAGAAGCAAAACAAAAUUGACCAAACCCUUUCAUACAUUGAAAAGCAACAGGAGGAGUUGGAUUCUCUACUCAGCGGGUACGAGAAGCAAUCUGAGACCCUACUAGUCAGUAUACAGAGUAACAGUGGGGCUUCUAGUAGCACUGCUACUGGUGCUACUGGCGCUACUGCCACAAUAGGGUCUGUUGUGAACACUGCAGUCACUGCAGCAAGCGGCUCUUUAUCUAAUACAACUGUGAGUGGUGCCGUUGGAAAUGGCGGAAACGAUAUUGUGUUGACAAAUGAUCAAGUGAGAGAGAAGUCGUACAAGCUCGCCGAGAUCUUGGAAAUGAAGUUGGACUCAUUAGGGGCCAAUUUCUCUUCGUUGAUAUCUGAAGUCAAUGAGGUUAAUGACAGUUUUAACAGAUCGCUUCUCAGAUCUAAUACCAAUAAUCCACACGAGGAAACGUUACUCGAAGAUGUUCUCAGGUUGUUGAACAACCAUUUGGAGAGUUUGAACUGGAUUGAACAGAGUGAAAAGAGCCUCAACGAGCAGGUAGAGAAGUUGAAGAAGGCUUCGGCGUAA